ACUCUUUGGAUUAGAAAAACUUGAGAAAUUGUCAGUUGAUAAAUUUUCCUUCACAGGAGUUAUCUCAAUUCCAAAGCAACAAUACAGUGUAAUGGAGAGGGAGGCAAGAGGCAGCCUUUAAUAUUGGUCAACAAGUGCUAACAACUUGGACCACUCAGUAGCCAGUGCGCUCAUUUGGAACAGAAGAUCGUCCCACGGACCGCCCUGCUCCUCCAAGGGAAGAAGUUUAUGAAUACAUCAUCUUUCGAGGGAGUGAUAUUAAAGAUAUCACUGUAUGUGAGCCACCAAAAGCACAGCAUAAUCUGCCCCAAGAUCCUGCUAUUGUCCAAUCGUCUCUGAGCUCUGCGUCUGCAUCUUCUUUUCAACCUCAUGUGCCUUAUAGUCCCUUCAGAGGGAUGCCACCCUACAGCCAGCUUGCUGCCAGUUCCUUAAUUGGCCAACAGUAUGCAGCAUCCCUUGGAUUAGAGAAGCUGGUAAGCCCUCCAGCAUCAGCAGCUGCUUCCAGUCCUAGCACUUCUUCAUCUCCUCAGCCAGUUUCAGAACCUGACUUAUCAUCAGAGCCACAUCUGCUGUCUUCUAAGGGUGCUGCUUUUCCAUCUGUUCAUUCAGUGCGCAAAAGUCCAAUGGUGGAGCAAGCUGUUCAGACUGGCCCCCUCGAUAACAGCUUGAAUCCCAAAAAGGCAGGCAAAGCUCCUCCAGCGAUUCAACGCAACACACGUCAGAUUCAACAGAAUAACAAGGCAAAUGAUAUAGUUGAACCACCACCUGUGCAAACGCAAGGGCAGGUGAAUGAUGAGAAUAGAAGGCCCCAGAGGAGGAGAUCAGGAAAUAGAAGAACUAGGAAUCGUUCCAGAGGACAGAAUCGACCAGCUGCUGUGAAAGAGAAUACAAUAAAGUUUGAAGGUGACUUUGAUUUUGAAAGCGCCAAUGCACAGUUCAACCGAGAAGAGUUGGAUAAAGAAUUCAGGAAGAAGCUUAACUUCAAGGAUGAUAAAGUUGACACGGGAGAAGAAAAGGGAGAGCCUACUGUGGCUGCUGAAAACUGUGAUGGCAAUCCAGAUGAAGAUCUACUGGGACCCAAUUGUUACUAUGACAAAACAAAAUCCUUCUUUGACAACAUCUCAUCAGAAUUGAAGUCUAGUUCACGGCGUACAACAUGGGCUGAAGAACGGAAGCUCAACACAGAGACAUUUGGUGUAUCUGGGCGAUUUCUCCGUGGCCGCAGUUUUCGUGGGGGAUUUCGUGGUGGAAGGGGGUCUGGAGCUGUGCGGCGAAGUCAGGCUACUCCCAGAGUUGGCACUGGAAGAGUUUGAAUCCUGCAGAGUUUUCAACCACAUUGCUAUGAAGUCAUGUACAUAGGAAAGAGGGAACAAUAAAAACUGCUGCACUUAAAGGAUGGGUGAAUGAAACAUUAUGUUCACAUGCCUGAAUUCCGGUGAAAUUACUGCUAAUAUGUCACAGCAGGAUUGGAGCACUGGAAUUACUUCAGAAGGAGUGUGCUUAGAAACCACCAAUUCAAGAAGUUCUCAUUUUUUUGGAUUUUUCUUUUUUGCGGGUGGGGGUCUUUUUAAAAGUAGUGCAAGAAACCUGUGCUGCUUUUAAGUUCCAACCGCUGUUGUAGUUGAACGCAGGGAAUGCUUGUUCUAUUCUUAAAGAAAGCAAUGCAAUUCUAAAUUCUUCAAAAAUGAAACCAGCAACUUAAUCUGGAGAGCCAAAUGUCUGCUGGUGUCCUUUUGUUCUGACUUCUAUGCCUUUCUCUUCACCUUCCUGCCCCUCCUCAAGCAGAUUGUUUUGAUGUCUAGAAACAAAUUCUAGUGCAGAAAUGUUGUGUGUGUGAUGUGGUGAUGGGAUUUGUUGCUGACCAUGUAUCUGUAAUUCCGACUUGCCACUUGAGAAAUAGGAUUUCUCUGGAGAGUUACACCGCAGAGUUGCUUGGAGUGCUGGUCACCCCUCUCAAAAGAACUAGUAUCUCAAAUGGUGGCCCAGGAUAAAUGCCAUUUUCAACUUCCUAAUGAUGAGCCAUUCUCCUUAUGUGGAGAAGGCUAAAACUUGCAUAAUGCCCUUGCAGCAAAUCUUGAGGGAUGUUUUUUAUCUCUCUGAUUUAAAGGGGAAAGUCCAAGCUUCAAGCAUUCAUUCAUGUUCUCUCAGAAUGCGAAAUGUGAUGUCUAAAUGAAGCUUGGGCAACCAGUAUGUUCAGUUGCUCUUCUUAAUCUCCCCCAACUUUAUAAAUAGUUCAACUUUUUUGUGUUUUUAAAAUAGUUGUGGAGGAUGAGCGCACAGGGAUUAUAAACUUGCAUGGAAAUGGGUAAAGCCUUUAGUAAUAGGUUUGUGCCACUUUUGUUAUCUGUAGGAAUAUUCUGUUGAAAGGCUUCCAUAGUGGAUGCCGUUUCUCUCCUCCCCCCCACCCCCAUUUCCAUGGCUCCCCUAGGUCAUGCAUUAAGUUGGUGUAAAGCUUUAGUUUCUUUUGUAGGCCUUCAUCACAAAGGGUUAACACAUUGUGGUGAGGUCGCGUUAUGGAGUCAUGUAAAUUGUAAUUAUAAAUAAACAUGUAAAUGUU